UUUAUUCUUUCCCAAAUCCUCUUCUUUCGCUUCUCGUCUCUGCAAUUGUCUUUCUUUCUAUUUUCGUUUCUGUUCUCUUUUCUCUUUUCUGUAUUUUUGAGGCACAGACCAUGUCGGACGAGGAGCACCACUUCGAGUCCAAGGCCGAUGCCGGAGCUUCCAAGACUUUUCCUCAGCAAGCCGGUACUAUCCGUAAGAACGGUUACAUUGUCAUUAAGAACAGGCCUUGCAAGGUUGUGGAGGUUUCUACUUCCAAAACUGGAAAGCAUGGACAUGCUAAAUGUCAUUUCGUUGGUAUUGACAUCUUUACUGGCAAGAAGCUUGAAGAUAUUGUUCCAUCGUCCCACAACUGUGAUGUUCCCCAUGUCAAUCGUACUGACUACCAGCUGAUUGAUAUUUCUGAGGAUGGAUUUGUGAGCCUGCUGACUGAGAGUGGUAAUACCAAGGAUGACCUGAGACUCCCAACCGAUGAAAAUCUGCUCUCGCAGAUCAAGGAGGGAUUUGAGGGUGGAAAAGAUCUUGUGGUGAGUGUCAUGUCAGCCAUGGGAGAGGAGCAAAUCUGUGCCCUUAAGGACAUUGGUCCCAAGUAGCCUACCUAUAAUUCAUAUGGAUUGCUUUAAAGACUAAAUUUGAAAUGAGACAGUUGAUAGUAAUCUUACUGGGCUUUUAUGUGGGUUGAGAAUCUUGGCCCCAUUAUCCGGAAACUAUUCUUGAUGAGGUGGCCUUGGUCGUUUAUAAUUUGACCUUUACAUUAAUAUCUUGUCAUAUUCAAUGUUUUUGUUCUGUUUGAUUACCGCCUCGAGUCUUCCACCCGUUUCAAGGUGUUGUCAAAGUUAUAUGAAUCAGCAAGACUGUAUAGCACUUUACGUUGUUUUUUGUGACUUGCAAUUAAAUCUUCCUUUUUAUUCUCUA